AUGAACCACAUGCGGCUUUCGGCUAGUGUGUUAUCCAAUAUAACAAUUGGUGUACCACUUGGGCUGAGAACCUUUCGAAGCUCCUCCUCUAUACCGAUCAGGCGGCUUUCCCCGUCAAAAGCAUAUGCGGGGUAUCAUUCAAGAAUUCCGAAGACGACUGCCAGAAUAUUUAGUCAAGUGAGAUGGCAGAGUCAGGUGUCACAGAAAGUUUCAUACAAGCUUUCAUCUAGUGAUUCGAAAGCUUCAGGCUGGAAAGAUAUAAAACGUCUAUUUCGUUUGGCGAAACCUGAAUCAAAAGCCAUGGCUUUGGCUUUAGCAUUAAUUUUGAUUUCAAGCUCAGUGAGCAUGGUAAUUCCUAGCGUGAUCGGUAAGUUGAUGGAUAUUGCCAAAGAAGGCCAAGAAGAAGAGAAAGAGGGGAAGGAAGCUGGUGAAGAGACUCUUGUGUACGGUCUUACUUUACCCCAAUUCUAUACGACACUUGGUGUCGUCUUCGUGGUGGGUGCAUUGGCUAAUGUGGGUAGAAUUGUAAUUCUCAAAGUCACAGGCGAAAAAUUGGUUGCCAGAUUACGUACCCGAACUUUGAAGGCGGCUUUACAACAAGAUUGCGCGUUCUUAGAUAGAAAUCGAGUGGGUGACCUAAUUUCAAGACUGUCUUCAGAUGCCAGUAUUGUGUCUAAAUCUCUCACACAGAAUAUGUCCGAUGGUACAAGAGCUAUCAUUCAAGGUGCGGUUGGUUUUGGGAUGAUGAGCUUUAUAUCAUGGAAAAUGACAUGCGUGAUGAUGCUUCUAGCUCCUCCCUUGGCGGCUAUGGCUCUCGUUUACGGCAGAAGAAUAAGAAAUCUUUCAAGAGCAUUACAAGCUGCUGUUGGUGGCUUGACCAAAGUAGCGGAAGAGCAACUUUCAUCCACUAGGACAAUCCAAGCUUAUGGUGGAGAAAAACAGGCCAUUCACCAUUAUGCAAAGGAAGUUCGUGACGUCUUCCAGGUCGGUUUGAAGGAGGCACUCACAUCGGGUGCAUUUUUUGGCCUCACUGGAUUCAUUGGUAACAUUGCAAUGCUAGCUCUACUGUUGACAGGAACUUCAAUGAUUAGAAGUGGAGCCAUCACCGUAGGUGAUCUAUCCAGUUUCAUGAUGUACGCUGUUUACACAGGUAGCUCAUUGUUUGGGUUGUCGUCGUUCUACUCUGAACUGAUGAAGGGUGCGGGAGCAGCAGCAAGAGUUUUCGAACUAAAUGAUCGCCAGCCUAUGAUUCUACCUACGAAGGGUAAGGAUCCUGUACGUUUAGAGGGUAAAACGAUUUCCUUCAACAAUGUCGCUUUUGCUUACCCUACCCGUCACGAACAUCAGAUUUUCCACAAUCUUAAUCUAUCCAUUAAACCUGGGGAGCAUGUAUGCAUAGUCGGCCCAUCGGGUGGGGGCAAAUCCACUGUAGCUUCACUGCUUCUGAGAUUCUACGAUGUAGAUUCUGGCUCCAUAACAAUUGGUGGGGAAGACAUUCGAGAGUUCAAUUUAAGGAAAUAUCGUAGAUUACUAGGAGUGGUUCAGCAAGAGCCUCUUCUUUUCAAUGGAACCAUCAUCGAAAACAUUAUUUACACUGUUCCUCCCAAAAUUGCGAGCGACGAAACACUUGUGGGACGAGCAAUCGGACAAGCAAACUGUUCGGCCUUUCUUUCAAACUUCCCUGACGGACUGCAGACUAUCGUAGGUCCGCGCGGCGCGCAGUUAUCUGGCGGGCAAAAGCAGAGAAUAGCCUUGGCACGAGCGUUUCUGUUAGACCCGGCGGUGCUAAUUCUCGAUGAGGCCACCAGUGCGCUCGACUCAAGAAGCGAGGAAAUUGUGGCCAAAACAUUAUACGCAAGAAGUGGAAGAGGCAAAACGACAAUAUCUAUUGCACAUCGUCUCAGCACCAUACAGCAUAGCUCGCGGGUAAUUGUUCUCGACAAGAGUGGGAUGGUCGUUGAAACUGGCAAAUUCGACGACCUUAUUGCAAGACCUGAUUCUCAGCUAAACCAACUCCUACGUCAAGAGGAGGAAGAAGGCGAAGAAGAUACCUCUUGA